CCCCACCCAAACCCCGCCGCAGUGCCAAGAAAAACCUCCGCCGAAACAAGGAUGGCCAUGGCCGGCGAGGCGGCGGCGGCGGGCGACGCGGUGUUCGCGCUGUGCCUGCUGACGCUCUACCUCAUCAGCCCGCUCACCGUGCUGGGGCUCCGCUUCGCCUCCGCGCCGUACGGCAAGCUGUCGCGCCCCGGCGGUGGCGGCGCCGCGCUGCCGGCCCCGCUGGCGUGGUUCCUCAUGGAGAGCCCCACCCUGUGGCUCCCGCCCCUCGUCCUCCCCCGCCCGCCGCUGCUCGCCGCCGCCCCGCUCGCGGCGCUCCCCGCCGCGCUCUACGCGCUCCACUACGCCAACCGCACGCUGCUCCACCCGCUCCGCCUCGCCCGCCUGCGCCGCCGCGCCCCGGCGGCCCCCGUGCCCGUCCCCGUCGCCGCCUGCGCCCUCGCCUUCAACCUCCUCAACGCCUACGUGCAGGCCCGCUCCGUCGCGCUCCACCUCCACGCGGCGGGCCGCCCGGCCUCCGCCGCCGCCCUGGCGCGCUGCGCCGCCGGGCUGGCGCUCUUCGCGUGGGGGAUGCGGACCAACGUCGCCGCCGACAAGGAGCUGCUGCGGCUCAAGGAGGCGGGCGGCGGGUACAAGAUCCCCCGGGGCGGGUGGUUCGACCUGGUCGCCUGCCCCAACUACCUCGGCGAGGCCGUCGAGUGGCUCGGCUUCGCCGUGGUGGCGUGGACGCCCGCGGCGUGGGGCUUCUUCCUCUACACCUGCUCCAACCUCGUGCCCAGGGCCAGGGACCAGCGCCGCUGGUACCUGCACAAGUUCGGCGCCGAGUACCCGUCGUCGCGGAAGGCCUUCGUCCCCUACAUCUACUAGCUGCAGUGCAGUACUCGGAGCUUCUGUAAAAUCUGAGGUGGGAAAAAAAUGGUGUCUUCACCCAUCCAAGCCUUUUGCAUUGUGUCUCUAUUUUUGAGAUUUCGUUUCCUGUCUCAAUUUAUACAUGUAUUCUGAUUCAUGCUGGAUUUUAAGCUUCAAACGGGAAUUUUGCUUGGAAGGGAACCUGGACUGCUCCCAGCGCUGUAGGCUGUAGCACAAAAACUCAUGUUCAUCCGGGCAUCUACACUUUGCAGCCACAAAAUGCUACGAACAUUGUGAUCGGUUAAUUCUCUAUUUUCGGCGUCUGAA